CCCUCCGCCUCCGCCUCCGCCCCCGAUGCUUUUGCCUCUGCCUUUGUCCGUGUCUGUUCUGACAGUAUUUGUGGAGGGAGGAGCAUUGUGGGGUGAAAUUUUGAAGAUUUUGUUGCUUUCUUUUCAUUUUGAGAAGAAUAUAGUUUUUACAACUACAUGAGAGGCACUGUUCAUACUAUUUCAAGUGUUGCAGAUUCAUUAUGCAUCUUGAUUGCUAUUUCACACUUUUUAAUGGAUUGGAUGUUCACUAGCAAAUGGUUGUCAACUACUACUUUGUUCCAUCCAUGCAGAGUGAUUAAGGCUGCAAAGAAUGUCUUGGGACCAACAUUAUCUGACCUCCAGCUUGCUGAAGGAGAGAUUAUUCUUGAUAUAGAUGGCACUGUUCCUCUGCAACCUGUAUUGCAGCGCAUUGGUCUCUCAGCUUGGCCUGCAUGAAGGAGGUCCCACAAUCGACUUUGUUCCCGGAAGAAAGGAUUCAAGAGUUUCUCCAAACGAAGGAAGACUUCCAGAUGCUAAUCAAGGUCCUCCACGUCUAAGGGACAUCUUUUACAGGAUGGGUCUCUCGGACAAGGACAUAGUGGCCUUAUCAGGGGCUCAUACACUGGGAAGGAAACACCCGGAAAGAUCUGGAUUUGAUGGUCCUUGGACUCAGGAACCCCUUAAGUUUGAUAAUUCCUAUUUUGUCGAGUUGUUGAAAAGGGACGCAGAGGGGCUGCUGAAACUGCCAACUGACAAGGCAUUGCUGGAAGAUCCUGCAUUUCGCCCUUAUGUUGAGUUGAUGAGGAUGCAUUUUUCAGAGAUUAUGCAAUCUCGCAUAAGAAGUUCUCUGAACUGGGGUUCACGCCAAGUUCUUCAGGCAGCAAGACAGUAGUGAAUGGUGCCGUAUUGGCACAAGGUGCUGUUGGAGUGGCAGUGGCUGCGGCUGUGGUGAAUCUUGAGCUACUUCUAUGAAGUGCGCAAAAAAAUGAAGUGAAUGCUGUUCUCUGAUUUCCCUUUGUACCUAGCAUAUAUUUUAGCGCUUAGUGUUGCCCGCACCAUAUAUGUUCAUCGACAAUAAUAGUCAAAGCAUUGCUGGUGCUUGGAUGGAACAAGCCAGCAAACUCUUUGAAAGUCACAAGAAAAAUCUAUGCCCAUUUUCAACA